UCAAGAAAGUAAUAAACUUUUCUUGAAAUAUUUAUUCUUCUUUUUCGAUUUCUAGUAAUGGUUAAACCAACCACUCUCUUCCUCUUGGUUGCCCUUCUUGUCUUCUUCGUUGGUAAGACUUCCUAUCUUGUUACUCCAUCUAAGAAAAUCAAGAAAGUUAAUAGAAUGGAUAGAAGUUGUGGAAAGUCAGUUAGAACCAUCUAACUAAGUUAAGGGGGAGAUAACUUUGAAACUAAAAUUUAAAGUUAAAAGACUAAAAAUGUACUAAAAUAAGUACUGUGCCUUGUGAAAUUUGGUACCUAAUCAGGGACCAUUUUGAGAUCAAAUUUCUGUUAAUGUUAAUGUGUCACGUCAUCUCAUUCUUAAGGAACGGACCAUUUUGAUACCAACUUAAAUAGCUGAGUAUCAUAACAAUGAAGGGACAAGUUUGGUGUAACAUUUGAAAGUUUAGGGACUAAAAAGGUAUUUUAACCUUAAUUUUUUUUUUUUUUUUUAUCUUCUUUAAAUUAACUAGUAAUUUAAGAAGUAUUCCCCUUUUUUAUUUUUUGGUGAGUUUACAGGUGAAGGAAUGAUUCCAAAGAUUGUAGCUAAAGACUGCCACACAGCUUGGAACUGUAAAGGAGAGGAUAGAUGCCGGUAUGAUUGCAACCAAAAAUAUCAUGGAAACGGAGCCUGUGAUUUAUCCGCUGUACCCUUUGUUCCAAAGCAGUGCUUUUGUGCAUACAAGUGUUAAUCUUGGAAUAAAGUGAAGGGUCCGUGUAACUCCGGUCUGUACCAUGCUCUGUGAAAUUAUGAAGGCUGUCAAGUUUUAAAGUCGUAAUUAAUGUUUUCUUUUUGUGUAAUUGCCGAAAGCAUUUUAGAAUAAAAUCAAGGGUCAAUGUAAGAACAACUUGUUGCCUAGUGGCUACUUACUUUUGUAAAAGCUUCUCGUACUAGUUUCAGGUAUGGGGUUUGAGUCGUAUCCUUAAAAUUAAAAAAUAAAAAUGAAUGGUCAAUAUAACA